AUGCUGCUCUUGGGGGACCCCGGUUGUGGCAAGUCCACCUUUUUGUCGCGCCUGAAGAGUGGCAAGCGGCCUAUACCAUCACAAGGUAGCACUCCACCGGAUACUCAUUUCGAUAUCCUGCGGGAUAGUGAUCAACCAUUCAUUUACGAUAUACGAUUUUCAAAGAGGAAGUUCACAUUGGAGCUAUAUGAUACUUCAAAUCCUAAUCAGCAUUGGACAAGUCUCCAUCCUGAUGUCGUCGUUAUCGCAUUCGACAUUUCAAAUCGAGAGACACUAGCAGGACUCAAAGGGUGGCGAAAUGAUAUUAUACGAUAUUUUCAACAUGGCCAUGGGGAGCACAUUCCUGUCAUGAUGCUUGGUUUGAAACGAGACCUCAGAAGAGAAGGCGAGGGGAUUAUCUACCCGCAAGAGACUUAUCGCAUUGCGCAAGAGCUUCGCUGCGACGGAUAUGCUGAGUGCUCGGCUGUAACGGGCGAACUGCUUGCGGAGACGUUUGAGGACUUGGCGAGGCUUGCGGGCAUGACAACUACUGACAAAGGUGGACAAAGUGCUGCUGGUUGUAGUAUUCUCUGA